GGGGAUAUGGCAUGUGGAUACCUGCACAGCGGAUGUUGCCUCCAAUUUGGAGUGGAGUAUGAAUAUUUUUAUUUGCUUAAGUUGGCUUGACCGCAAACAGAAUUGUCAAAAGAUCUUCGCGCGAUAACGUAAUUACUUUACAACGUUUUGCGCUAGGCCGCCAAGAGUAGGCUGUUAGGGGUCGUGAACAGAGAUGGAGCCUUAUAAGCUUACCACGGACAAGGCGCCACUAUCGGAUACGCUUGGUCCACCUGGCUUUCAUCCGCUUUUACCGGGCCAGUGCCCCGAGGACCGCCUAACCGCUCAGCUCGCGGAGCACGGCUACAGAGACGAGCUGCCGCAGUACGGCAUCGAUGACUCCAACGACUACCUCUUCUCGCUCUUCACGCUGCUGGCCAACCGGGCGGUCAGCAGCACGGGCGGCGGGGGUGCAGCGGCGGCGCUCACGGCAGCGGCGGUGUCGCUGAAAAAGGGUACUCUGGCAAUGCUGGAGGCGGCGCACCGGCAGCGGCUGCAGGCGGCUCAGGCGGCUGCUGCCGCUGCUUCAUCUCCCGGACCUGCGGGGAGCCUCAUGGGCUCGACGACGCCCUCCCUGCCGCCGCCUCCGCCACAGCCGCCACCGCCUCCGCCGCCACCCCUGGCGCCCAGCUCCUCGCCGCUCCCCAAGUCCCUCUCCUCUCCGAACCUCCGCCGUACAACACAACAGGAGCACGGCGGCAUGCCGUACCCGCCGCCUCCGCCACCACCACCACUGCAUCAGCAGCAACAAGAGCAGCAGCAGCAGCCGAAUGUAUUGUAUGGCAAUCCCGCCGCCGCGCUGUCGUACGCCGCGGCGCACCUGCCGGAGCUCCGUACGGCAUCCGACGUGGGGCGGCGGUUGUGGGUUUCGGCGCUGGCGGGGUCGGCGCCGCUCGGGUACCUUGCUCGUACGGCGCCCUCGAUGCCCGACAGCAGGCGCAUGCUAUUGACUCUGUUGUGGCAGUGCGGAGUGCCUGCACCCCGUGCCGCUUGGUUCCUGCGCCUCCUCUACACCCAC